GGAAGGCUUACACUAACGGUCUGAGCAUUGUUGAUAAGGAAAAUGGAGCUCGAUCUGUUUCCAAAAAUCCAAGCCUCGAAUAACUCGUCGACUACGAAAAAACAUGGCACCGUUCCAUUGAGAUGGCCAGCGUGGCGAAUGCUAAGGGUUCCUGAGUGGCGCGCUCGUAGUAAGAUUGAAAUAGCAUGAUAUCAUUGAUGAUGCGCACUAUGGGCCCAAUAGUGUUGGUCGUGGGCUAUGAACUGUCAACGGCCUGGUGGUUUACUGGAUCUUCAGCCCAAAAUCGCACAGGUCGAAGUUGCCCGCAGUGCGUUCCAUGUUCACAAAUGCUCCCAAUGGUGGUGGUUCUACGUUUUGGCGGGCGGGCCUCGGAGAUGUGGCCAGUGUCACAGGCUGGGCUUCGCAGGAUGUUUAGCCCUUGCUACAAAUUACGAUGGUAUAGACCUGCAAACCAUGGGAUCUGGGGCGCAGGUGCAGCUUGGCGACGCUUUAUUAUAUUGAGCGAGUAUGAAGCGGUGAUAGAUGUCGCGUAGCGUUUGUAAGUUCGUGCCUUUAUUCCAGGAGCACUCGUGCACCGCGCUCAACACAAUGACUGCAUGGCAGAUGGCUGGCUCGGCUUGACUCAACUGCAGUACUCAUCGGUACCAAAACGUUGAAUCAAGUUUCUGUCAUAAUCGGCACGGUUCUCCUUUGGAACAAGGCGAAAGCAUGCCGUUCAUCGGAACUCAAAUGCGCCACACGAAUGGUGGGACUCCGCACGAGACUCGAGUUUUGUCCGCGCGCAAUCACCUGCGGUAAUCGAUUCUGGUCGUAUCCCUCUCAUUUCAGUUUCGUGGAGGCACAGUUGAAGCAUGCGCCGGGUACUUUGUCACAUUUGACAUGUCGGGCCUACCCCAAGUCCCUUCAGUAUUUGGCGGUCUUGCUCUCGCCGUGCUUAGGGCAGCAGUCACCGACAGGUCUGACAACUUGUUCUGGAUCUCUUAAAGUAUGACUGACAGAGUUAUAUCUGUAACUGCCUCUAGCUUUGCAGCGUACACAAUGAUCGACACAACUCUGUGCAGCAGUUGUCCCUGGUUAUGCGGCCAUAUAACAUUCUUCCCCCUGGCCGAUACCGCCGCAAAGCUUAGCCCACUCAUGCCUGGAGGCUAUAAAUGCGCGCUUUUAUUGGUUAUAACGGCAAGGCCCAAUGUUCCGGAACCG